CAGAACACAUCAGGCAGUUAUCAUGGCUUCCGUAAUCUUUUAUAUGACGCUGUUGUUGUGCGCUGUAGCCUUAAGUGAGGGGUGCUCAUGCGCAGUUCCUACGAUACCACCAACCGCAGGCUGGAAAGGAAAUGUUUUUGGAUACUGGAACAUGCAACGGUUUUGCGAUGCAGACUUCGCUAUCAGAGCCAAGGUUUUGAGAGGUUUCCGACCAGAGAUUUCUGAAAGUGAUGACCCUUGGUCAGUUGGCCCUGCAAGCUACACAGUUAAAGUUUUGAAAACCUUCAAAGGAUCAUUGCACGAAAACGAAAUAACUCGGUUAGAAACUCCAGCCAAUGGAGGACUCUGUGGUGUUCAUCUUAACGUUAACGGCGAGUACCUCCUCACCGGUGGAAAAAACUUUGGGCCGUUUGAUAUCAUGCUGUGUGAUUGGUUCGAGCCUUGGAGUAAAAAAACGUUCAAACAAAUCCGCAAGUUCAGUAAGAAAUGUUAAUCAUUGUUACUGUUCGUUAAGUUCGCACGAUCGGUUGUAAGCGAAUACUGGGAGAUAUUAUAU